AAAUUUUAUUUCUUAGUUUAUUGGGUUUGGUAUGUUUUUGGCGGAUUUGGUUUUGUUUGGUUCCCGGGUGAUGAUUUUAGCGUCAGGUUUAUGGAAGUCGACGUUCUGGGGUUUUAGGGUUUUCGGCCAUUGUUGUCCUGUUGUGAAGCUUUCAACUUAAGUUGCUAUCUUUCUCUUCUGGGUUUUAUGAGUUAUUUGUUCGGGUCAUAUCUGUUUGAAUUCCAAUCCCUUUUGGUGUUUCUAGUCAGUUUAUGAGAUAGCUUCUCACAAGCAAGAGCAGAAACCGAGGUGAUGGGGCAGGAACUUGAUCCAGAUGUUGUUAGGUGGGAUCUCCAGGAUCUGAAGGUUUGUACUGUUGCCAAUGCUGGCUGUUGCAGUAGUGUUACUCGGUAUGAGACAGACACUGUUACUUAUAGCCGAGUUAGAGAAGGUUAUAACGGAGCUUUGACCGGUUAUGUACAAAACGAUGAGGUUAUUUCUCAUCUUUACCAAGAAGAAUUGUCUAGAUUUGCUCAUGCAGAUGCAUUGGGUUUUGAUAAUUCCAGCCGGUCUUCUGUUGUUUCGCAAGAGUGGUUUCGGCCAGAAGGGCAAGAAAAUCAAGGAGAAGCCAAUGAUAGUCCUGAGGAAAGUGGAAAUCAUAAAGACUAUGGAGAUGUGGACGACAUGAACGGUGCAGGUGUAGGAAGUCAAGAAGGAGAAAGCUCCCUAACACGAGAUAUGCUUCUCAUGGAUGAUGAUGAUGAUGAUGAUGACUCUUGUUCAUUAGAUAGUGUGGUCGGAAAAAGAUUGAACCAGAUGGUCUCCGUUCCUCUUGUUCCAAAAAUCAAUGGAGAAAUACCAACCGAGGAUGAGCAGACUUCAGAUCAUGAACGGCUUCUCCAGAGAUUAAAAUUGUAUGGUCUGGUUGAGAACAAGGUUCAAGGAGAUGGAAACUGCCAGUUUCAUUCAUUGUCAGAUCAGCUUUACCACUCUCCUGAUCACCACAAAUCCGUGAGGGAACAAGUUGUUCAUCAGCUUGCGUAUAACCGAGAGAUCUACGAGGGUUAUGUUCCUAUGGCUUACAAUGACUAUCUGAAAAAGAUGAGAAGGAACGGGGAAUGGGGUGACCAUGUUACUCUCCAAGCUACGGCCGAUUGGUUUGGUGUGAGGAUAUUUGUGAUAACUUCGUUCAAGGAUACGUGUUACAUUGAGAUCCUGCCUCACAUUCAGAAGUCUAACCGGCGUAAGUUUCAUCCUGUUGCAUCACACUUUCUGUUUACUACAUUCCAGCUCCUGAAAAUCUCUCUCUCUCUCUCUCUCUCUCUCUUGCUUCAGAGAGUGUGUUUAUUGGCCGUAUUAGCAAUUAAACGGUAACCCUUCUUCCGUGCUGGGUUUGUAUCAGUUAUAUGCCUAAGCUUCUGGGCUGAGGUGCAUUACAAUUCAAUAUACCCUGAAGGAGGUAUGGAUUCUGUACCAAGAAGGGGAUGGAUGUAG